AUCUCCGAUUUUGAUUCUUGUGGGAAGAAGAAGAAGAUGAUAAAGUUGUGGAUGGUGACUUCUCUUCAACUCGCGGAGCUCUUUGUGAGCUCUCUUGUGCAUUUGCUUUAUGGGUUUUAUAUAUUUAGCUCCGCUGUUGCCGGAGAUAUCUCUCAGACGUUGAAUGAUUACUUGUUUAAGUCCAAUGUCGAUUUCAACGACGUUGGAGAAACUGGUCAAAAUCAAAGCAAUGUUGAGGGUUUGCCUCCAAUUGUGUUGGUUCAUGGGAUCUUUGGAUUUGGCAAAGGGAGAUUAGGAGGCUUAUCUUACUUUGGUGGUGCUGAGAAGAAAGAUGAGAGGGUUCUCGUUCCUGAUUUGGGAUCCCUAACAAGCAUCUAUGAUAGGGCAAGGGAAUUGUUCUAUUACUUGAAAGGAGGGAUAGUUGAUUUUGGUGAAGAGCAUAGCGAGGCUUGUGGACAUUCUCGGUUUGGAAGAAGAUACGAAGAAGGGCAAUACCCUGAAUGGGAUGAGGAUCAUCCUAUUCAUUUUGUGGGACAUUCAGCGGGUGCGCAAGUUGUGCGUGUGUUGCAGCAAAUGCUUGCAGAUAAGGCAUUUGAAGGGUUUGAAGAAACUAGUGAGGAUUGGGUUCUGAGUGUGACUUCGUUAUCCGGGGCAUUCAAUGGAACUACCAGGACUUACUUAGAUGGCAUGCGGACAGAUGAUGGAGUGAGCAUGAAACCGAUAUGUCUUUUGCAGCUGUGUCGUAUAGGCGUGAUAAUGUAUGAUUGGUUGGACAUUUCAUGGCUAAAGACUUAUUACAAUUUCGGGUUCGAUCACUUCAACAUUUCUUGGAAGAAAUCCGGUGUGAGAGGUCUCGUUGAUUGCCUUAUGGGAAACGCAGGUCCUUUUGCUUCCGGCGAUUGGAUCUUACCUGAUCUCACGAUCCAAGGCUCAACAAGUAUUAACUCCAAUCUCCAGACGUUCCCAAACACUUACUACUUCAGCUAUGCGACUAAACGCACCCGCAGAGUCAUGGGUAUGACAAUCCCUUCAGGUGUUCUUGGAAUCCACCCGAUGCUCUUCCUCCGCGUUUUUCAGAUGAGCCAAUGGAAAUUCCCACAAGAUGUAUCUCCUCCUUAUAAAGGCUACAGGGAUGAGGACUGGCAAGAGAACGACGGGGCAUUGAACACAAUAUCAAUGACACAUCCGAGGCUACCUGUUGAGCAUCCGAGCCGGUUCAUAAGGAGCGAUUCGGAAUGUCAAACAUUACAACCCGGGAUCUGGUAUUAUAAGAUAGUGGAAGCAGAUCACAUAAUGUUCAUAGUGAACAGAGAGAGAGCUGGAGUUCAGUUUGAUCUGAUAUACGACAGUAUCUUCCAACGCUGCAGGAAACAUGUUUUUAGAAAGAUUCCUCAGUCUCUCCCCAAUCAGUCUCCUUCUCCUCGUUCAUCACCCAGAAAAAACAACUUUGUACAUUGAUCUUAAAAAAAAAAAUUGUUUAGGGUUGAUAUGUUGAGGGCUUAAGUUGUUUUUAGGCUAUUUAUUACUAAUACAGAAUAUUCAUUGUU